AUGUCCUUUCCUAACGAUAAGCCUGACUUCGUACUGACUGAAGUACCUCCAACGUCGGGCCCCCUGACUCCUGCCAUUGAUGUGGGGCGUGACGGCGUCAAGUGGAGGCAGAUUUCAGGAUUUGUUGAAGUGAAACCCCACGUCCGGGAAGGUCCCAACGCGACCAAGUCCACAUCUCUCUACGUCCUGUGUAUGUUUAUUUACGGGGAUAAAUUCUCCCUUGGUUGGUACGACCGCCGAGGCGUUAUCAUUUCCGAUGACUACGACAUCCUCCAAAAUCUUGAUAUCCUCGUCAGUGUAAUCCUUCAGCUCACAACACAUAUGACUGCCUAUGAUAUCGGACACGACAGGUCGGCUCGCUUGCUUGAAGGUCACUCGUACUACCAGUUCGGGUAUCCCUCCUUCCUAGUUAGCACGGGUGCAGCUGGUGACACGUGUCUGUGGAAGACUGAGGGUCCACCGAUAUGGUAUUCUUUGUCUUUACUAGGUCGUGGUACAGCUACGUGGAGAGCCGUAUUGGCUGAGAACAAGCCAGGGAAGAAGCGUAUCAAGUCACCUUUGCCAGGCGUCGCUGAAUUCAGUCUUGGGGAUGAUGUCUGCAUUCCCCUCGGAAGGGAGACCAAUGCUCGUGUUACGGUCGGUACCCUCCGUUCACUCAUUCUCAAUGAUGAUGCUGGCGUUCCCGAUUAUCCUGUCCUCCAUCGUCUCGCGCUGGAAACUGUGGGACGCCCCUUGUGGGAUGCCGACACAACGAAAGAUUUCAUUUUAGGGUCUCUUGCUGCGCUCAAAGGACAUCAAGGACUAGUGGAGCAAGGUAUUCUUCAUCGAGACAUGAGUCCAGGCAAUAUCUUUGUCGGUGAUCCAGAUUGCACUGAAGGAUGGGAGGGGUUUGUCGCAGAUCUCGAGCUUGCUUCGGUGGCACAGCCAGAGACUCAAAGCGUAGUCUCACUGCAUACGCUCUCCCCCGUUGCCGGCCAGUUGAAUACUAGAAGUGUAUUUUUGGAGGAAACCGUUCCUUCGAGCUCAGAGGCUCCUGGCGCAGAGAUCACAGGUACUGCUCUGUUCAUGGCCGAAGAACUCCUAUCCAUGAUGCUUCUCCCGGACAAGAAGGAAAUUCGACCAGCCCAAAGCAAACGCGAGGUGCACCAUGACCUGGAGUCAUUCAUUCUUGUUCUUUUCUAUUCGAUCAUGAAACGUGGUCUGGAGCGCCGACUUUGGAACAAGAAUCCAGACGAAGAAUCUCAGAUACGAGAACUUUACCGUACUUUGUUUGGCGGCCAUACUAUUCGGCUCAUCCAACAAGGACGGUGCUGCUUUUUCGAUGCAAGAAACCCUCCUGUAUAUCUUUUAGAUGUCCUGGACUCGCCAACGGAACAGCUACUUUAUGGCUGUUGGAGGCUUGUGGAAAUCCAGCGGUCCUCCAAUUUCUUUAUAAAUGAACUUACGGCGGAAGUUGAUCAGAGGAUGCAGUGGAAGAGUGGCUCGGAAGAACGGAAGGUGAUCACUUAUGAGCAGUUGUACAACAUCUACGACGUAGUGACCAGCAAGCUUCCAGGGGUUCACUAG